CUGUAACCCAGGGCAACGUCCCGCCGGCUGCAGUGCGUCGCCCUCGCCCGCUGGCCUGGACUGGUCGCUCCAGGGCCUUCCACCCCUGCUCCUGGAGCAACGCCGCAGAUCACUCCGCGUGCGGCAGAGAGAGGGAGGCCUUAUCCUAUUCUAAAGGAAGCGACUAUCAGAGGAAGAAGAUGUCAAAAAUUAUAAGCAACCAUCCCAGUAAUGGAUCUCUGUCAGGAAAGUGAGACUGAUUUAGAAAAUAAUGAAAUUCAAAGCCCAGAAGAAACUGAACUAACCUUUACUUGUGCGGGUGAAAGAAGUGAAAAGAAUCACAUUUACUGUCUUCUCGACAUCAGUGACCUUACGCUGGAAGAGGACGCUGGAGCCAAUGAGUUUGCAAUUGGCACUGGCUGGGAAGAAGCCGUCCAAGGCUGGGGAAAGACUUCUCCCACUGCCUGCAUCUGGCCCAGGAAGAAACUGAAGAAGGCUCGGGGCUGCGCCAGUGCCAGCAGCAGCUGCUUGCUCUGUGCCAGCCUCUCCCCAGGGAGCCCAGAGGCCAGGCCUCCCACCUGGCCCAGGAAGGUGGAGGCCGGGGCGGAGGUGGGCCUGGAGGGGAGUCAGGGCUCCCAGGGCCCGAACACGGCUCCCAGGGAGGCCAGCAGAAUCUGCUUCCCCCACGAUGUCCCUGAAGGAAAAAAAAGCCUGCGAAUGAAGGAGUUCAUCUGGCGCCUGGAGGACUGGGCCAUCCCCGGGGUGAGGGGCGCGGCCGCUGAGCGAGCGCCCACCGCGCCCACCGUCUCCGACUCCCUGAGCUCCAAGGCCCACCUGGUUCUGCCGCCCCUGAGAGCCUCAGCCCAGAGCCGCCUGAGUAAGAACUUGUUCUGUCAGUCAGAAGAGGAGGCGCCGAGUGUGGACAAGGAAGAGGGUGUGGACGGGAAAGGGGAGCAGGAACCCUUGGAGCUGGCCGGGCACCUUCCGCUCGGUGACGCCCGGCCUGGCCCUGGCCCUGCCCCCGCGGCCCGGUCCCUGCUGGCCCACGCGGAGCGGUGCUGCCUGAGCUGGUCCCUGCUGCCUGAGAGGAGCCCCGGCUCCCUCCCCUACUUCGCCACCGUGCAGCCCCUGCAGAAGCGCGGCAUGCAGAGCUACAGGGCCAAACUGAAAGCCAGGGGGCUGGGGCUGCCCAGGAACUCACAAAAGCUUGCCUUCCCAGAGGCCAGGCGCGAGAACAGGCCGCCUGUGCUGGAGACCGACGUGCUCCCCAGGUCUCUCCUGCCCGCCCUCACCGUGAGCAGAGUCGUCAUCCCUGUCUCCACGCACAGAGUCCUCUGACUGUGACAAUAGAGUUCCACGAGGAGCUGCCAGGCUCUGUGUCCUUUCUCUUCCUAUCCUCGGUCAGCCCUAUACUGUGUCCUCUCUGCAUCCCAUCCUUUUGUAAAGCAGUAGAACCAGAGGAGAUUCAUCCUCCGAGGAUGGGUUUGGAUUUAGUCUCUAACACACCAUAUUCAUGGUACCGCUUCUGCAGCUCAGCCAUUUGCAAACUGCAAACUGGCAAUGCCAGCCAGGCCUCUGCCUGCCUUGCCUGUCCAUGCCCAGCAGAGGCUCUGGGGAAGGUGACCAAGGGCCUCCCAGCUGACAGCGACUCUCUGUCUGUCCCCAGGUGGCUAAGAUCAAAGUGCUGCCUGGGCUUCUGAACCAGGCAGUAUCUGCUGCUGCCUCAUUGGCUCUUGCAACAAAGAUUGGAAACAUCACUUUAGUAGAAAACUCUAGCUCUUGCCUGCUGAAUGUCCUGUUGUCCAAGUGUCACUCCUUUGUAUCACAUCCAGGGAUGUGCACCAUGCACUGUCACUUUUCUGUCCUGCGUGUCACAUCCUCUUGUUGCUAAUCCUGUGCCUGAAAGUUUUAAUCACAGUUUUACAGAAUCCAGCCUGGGAGGCAGGUUAAGAAUAAUUAAUUGUUUGGAAAAGAGAAAGAAAAAGGGGGCCGGGGAUUUAGCUCAGUGGUUCCGCCACCUGCCUUGCAAGUGCGAGGUCCUGAGUUCAAUCCCCAGUACCAAAAAAGAAGAAAAAGGUCACUGUGAUUAUCAUCAGCCCACCUGCUACUUCUACCCCUUCCAUGGACCUAGUACUUGUCAGCCCUCGGCCCCAGUCACUUAGGGGACAAGACUGUCACCUUUUCCUUUCUGUCCUACUUCUGCCCUCUUUUAAUCCCCAUGCUUAUUCCUUGAAGUUGAAUACAAAUUAAACAUUGUAAAUAAGCUCUA